UGCUCAACUGAUUCUAGUCAGCAGCCAAACUGAUAGGAAGGAAGUGGUCUGCAGGACACCUUGCCAUUCAUACGAAACCAUGGUGGCGAUCUCGGUGGUGGCGAUGACCUUACUGGUCUUCCUGAGGUCCUUUUCUGAAGCACGGAAUGUGACCCUGGAUGGAGCUUGGAGGGAAUGGAAAGAUGCUCAUGGUAGAGUGUACGGUCCGGGGGAAGAGGGCUACCGAAGAAGCAUCUGGGAGUGGAACCUACAAGUGAUCCAACAGCAUAACUGGGAAGCUUCCCAAGGUUUACACACCUUUCAGCUGAAUAUGAACCAAUUUGGCGAUCUUAGCAAUGACGAGUACAGGAGGCUGGUGAAUGGUGCACGUCCCGAACUGGAUGUAAACCGUCGCGUCAAUAACGUGUUCCGAAGAUCGGCCACUUUCCAACCUCCCGCAUAUGUGAAUUGGCGUGCCAGAGGUUAUGUCACCCCAGUGAAAAACCAGGGCGCUUGUGGGUCAUGUUGGGCAUUUAGUUCCACCGGGGCCCUGGAAGGUUUGCAUUUCAAGAGGACAGGAAACCUGAUCUCACUCAGUGAACAAAAUCUCAUGGACUGCUCCACAUAUCUCGGCAACAACGGGUGCAAUGGAGGAUGGAUGCCCCUAGCCUUUGAAUACGUUGCGCAAAAUGACGGCAUUGACUCAGAAAGAAGCUACCCCUACCAGGCACAGAGUGGAUUCCCUUGCCGGUAUAGCCCCUGGAACAGAGCAGCCACCUGUGAUUCUCUGGUGAUGGUUCAAAGUGGGAGUGAGGAAGCCCUGGAGGAAGCUGUGGCCACCACAGGCCCAGUUUCAGUCGCAGUAGAUGCUUCCAGUAUCCAUUUCCAGUUCUAUUCAUCAGGAAUCUUUUAUCUCGAAAGUUGUGGCAACACCCUGGACCACGGCAUGUUGGUGGUAGGCUAUGGCGUAUCUCAGUGGAACGGACAAGAUUACUGGCUGCUGAAGAACAGCUGGGGUACAGAGUGGGGAGAGGAAGGCUACAUGCAAGUCGCAAAAGGAGCCAACAACAUGUGCGGCGUGGCCUCAGCAGCAAGCUUCCCUAUAAUGUAACCAGUCAAGGCGUUUGCAUCCUGACAUCUGAUCUUCAGCCUUCUGUGCUCCGAAUCCUUCAAUGUCACACUGCUUCUAUUGCUUUGCUUCCAGCCAAGUGGCAGCACGCUCCCCAACCACCCGAGUUUGAUGGCAAUUGUUCUCAGAAUGGACUGCACAUUCCCUGCAGGCUCAAAUAUGUAAAUUGCCAAUAGCUGAUUCGUGGACUUCAACCCAGGAUCCAAUUUGCGCCAGAAACAUAGAAAACUGUUUAUCGUCUUUCUCCACUGUAAAACCCU